AUGGACUCCCACCUCGGCCAAGCACAAGCCCACCACCGCGGCGGCGAGGGCGAGCCAACGACGGCGAGGUCGCGGUGGGCGCCCAAGCCGGAGCAGAUCCUGAUCCUGGAGUCCAUCUUCAACAGCGGCAUGGUGAACCCGGCCAAAGACGAGACGGCGCGCAUCCGCCGCCUCCUGGAGCGCUUCGGCGCCGUCCGCGACGCCAACGUCUUCUACUGGUUCCAGAACCGCCGCUCCCGGUCCCGCCGCCGCGCCCGCCAGCUCCAGCAGGCAUGCAGCGCCGGCGCGGCCCCGCAGCACCCAACUGCCGCCGCAGCCGUCGACGGCAACCUCCACGGCCAAAACGACAGCGUUUCUCUCUUCGCCAUGCACGGGCAAGGCCAGGCACGCACCGCCGGCAUGCCCGCGGUUGAGCCGAUGCCGCCUGCGGUCGCGUCGUCGCCCCACUUGUUUAGCGACGACAUCGAUGGCGGGGACGACCUCUUCGCCAUCUCACGGCAAAUGGGGCUCAUGUCGCGCGGCGGCGACCAGCACCGUUGCGGCUACACGGCUAACGACGCCUCCCAGCUGAGCUACCAACCGACUGGGACGACGACGGCGGCGGCGGCAUCUAUCCAGGUGUUCAUCAACGGUGUGGUGUACGAGGUGCCAGGCGGUGGGGCAUUGUUGGACUUCGCUGGCACGUUUGGGCAUCACGCGAUGCUGGUUCACUCCUCCGGCGAGAUCCUACCGGUGAACGAGAACGGCAUCCUCAUGAAGAGCUUGCAGAUGGGGGAAUGCUACUACCUGCUACAGCAAGCUAUUGGAAGUGUUCAAGAGAUCAAUGCUGAAUUCCAAUCCAAACAAAUCAAGAAGGUCGUCCAAGGGCAACGAAUUGAAUCUGAUUCUCCUUUUUAUCUCCGGGUUACCAUGGCUACGCUAGCAACAAGGACCACGGCAACAUCCACAGUCAGUGACCCGCAACAGUAA